GCCGCCGGCGGGGGGGGGAGGGGAGGCGCCGCGCCGCCUCAGUGCCGCGGCCAUGGCGGGCUUCGUGCGGGAGCUGGAGCGGCGGGGCGGGCCGGCGCUGCGGCUGGAGCAGCGGGCGGCGGGCGGCGUGGGCUGCGUGGUGUGGGACGCGGCGCUGGUGCUCGCCAAGUUCCUGGAGAGCGGCGCCGGCCCCCCCCUGGCCCGCCGCGCCGUCCUCGAGCUGGGCGCCGGCACCGGCGCCGUCGGCAUCAUGGCGGCCACGCUGGGGGCAAACGUGACGGUCACCGACCUGGAAGAGCUUCAGGAGCUGCUGGAGGUGAACAUCGAGAACAACAAGCAUCUCGUCACAGGGUCAGUCCGAGCCAAGGUACUGAAAUGGGGCGAAGACGUGACAGAGUUCCAGCCUCCCCCCGAUUACAUACUGCUGGCUGACUGCAUUUACUACGAGGAGUCAUUAGAACCGUUACUGAAGACACUGAAAGACCUUACUGGCCCUGAUACCUGUGUGUUAUGCUGUUACGAACAAAGGACUAUGGGGAAGAAUCCUGAAAUAGAAAGAAAAUACUUUGAGCUGCUUCAGAGAGACUUUGAGUUGGAAAAAAUUCCUCUGGAUAAGCAUGAUGAGGAGUAUCGGAGUGAAGACAUUCAUAUCAUGAAUAUCCACAGGAAACAAACGAAUUUUCCGUCGUGAGAUCUUUGACCACAUUAUCUAUCCUCUGGCAACUGGCUGGAGCUCUGGAGAGGAGGGAGAGAGUAUAUAAUAACACCACAAAGGGACUGUCUCCAGUGUGGUUUCUGACUCAUCUACAGAGCGUCUUCUAGAUGGUGGAUUUGGCAUGAGGCACUGAAAGAAGUGGGCUGUUUAGACUAGAUUCACUCAUAGCACCUUUCUCAGAGGACAAACGUGAUCUGUUAUCUGCAGUGCAACCUGGCUGAGGCAGAGGAAGGCAAAAAUGGAACUGAAGUUUAAUAUAGGCCAGUGGUGGGUUUCUGUUCCUGGUUACCUUUGCUGGGCAGCUGCUUGUCAUAGCAGCAGACAGCUUAAGAGUUCCCACAAAGCAGAUCCGAGGAUACCACAAAGAAGUCUGUAUGCCGUAAAGCACAAAGGAAGCCAACAGCAUCAUCUGCUCCUCCUGAGGAGGAAACUCUUCAGGUGGGCUAAAUUCUCCUUCAAACAGGCCCAGAUAUCCAGUCAAUAAAAUUUUUGUACUUGAAA